UUGCAGGCAUUCUGCACUACUUCUUCCUGGCUUCCUUCUGCUGGAUGUGUCUGGAAGGAGUGCAGCUCUUCCGCAUGGUGGUGCUGGUCUUCAACACAACGCUGAGACCCAUCUAUAUGUUUGCUGCUGGUUAUGGAGUUCCUGCUGUUAUCGUUGCCAUUUCAGUCACAGUGAACGCAAGUGGAUAUGGCACCGAUAACUACUGUUGGCUCAACAUUCCAGAUGGCUUCAUCUGGAGCUUUUAUGGGCCAGUUUGUGUCAUAAUUAUUGUUAAUGUAUUAUUCUUCCUCAUAACAAUAUGGAAGCUGGCAGAAAAGUUUUCCUCCCUCAACCCAGACUUAGACAGUCUACACAAAAUCAAGGCAUUUACGGUUACUGCAAUUGCUCAGCUGUGUAUCCUUGGCAUCAUGUGGGUGUUUGGCUGUUUUCAGUUUGAUGAAAACACUCUGCCAAUGUCAUACAUCUUCACCAUACUAAGCAGCCUGCAGGGGGUGCUGAUGUUCAUCCUGCACUGCUGGCUCUCAAAACAAGUGAGAGAGGAGUAUGCCAAAUUCCUGUCCUGUAUCUGUGCACCACACAAGAGGAAAUAUUCAGAGUUCACCUCAAACCAAACAAGCAAACUGCAGGCCUCCAGGAGCGAUAAUCACACUGGUGAAUCACACAUUUAAGAGGUCAUUUCAACAAACCAUUCAGUUUUUCAUCUGUUUGCAAGUUGGAGUGUCACAUUAUUUCUCUAUCUGCUUUCUGUGGAAAUGUUCAUAAAUUGUAUUUGGGGAAUUCUUCUUUUAGGGGAACUUUUCUUUCCCUUAGGAUCAUUUUAUAU